AUGGCCAAAACCAUUAAAAAGUAUCUGACGCAUUACCGCAACAACGACAAAAUGGCCGAGCAGACGACUGGCCGGCAGCUGCAGCGGAUUCUCCACUACUCGGUCACACCGUGCCGGCCCAUGCUGGGUCUCCGCCGUUCCGAAUGUGCAUUAUAUGACGUUGACUGUGAUGAAGUUUACCCAAGGCUGUACAUUGGUGAUGCGAACUCAGCUAAAAACAAACAGUAUUUACGCCUCAUCGGCAUCACGCACGUCCUCAACACGGCGGAAGGAACCCGAUUCGGGCAGGUUGACACCGGUCACAGCUACUACCGGGACAUGUCCGGCAUCAGGUGCACUUUCAGGUACAUGGGCUUCCCGAUGAUCGACCAACCGACUACGGACAUCAGCCGGUACUUUUACAUCGCGUCGAAGUUCAUCGAGAACGGCAUCAACAGUGGAGGUAAGGUACUGGUCCACUGCAUGAUGGGCAUGUCCCGGUCGGCGACCUGCGUCCUGGCGUAUCUGAUGAUUGCCCGCAAGAUGUCGGCCGCGGAAGCGGUCCGUACCGUCCGGAUGCACCGGGACAUUCGGCCGAACGAAGGAUUCCUGCAGCAGCUGGCCGAUCUGGACAACGAGCUGAAGCGCGACCGGCUGUACUAUUGA